CUCUGUUACGAAGAGAGGCGGUGAAAAUUAGAAAUUGCAAUAGCCCUCGCCUCUCCGGCAGGAACAAACAGACAUCCCAUUCCCAUCAUCCAGAGUGUUGCUGUGUGGAACGGGACAAUACUUGAAGAAAGGAAAGGCGGAGAGGGAAAAAGUGAGUGUCAAAAAUAAAAAUAAAAAAAGCUCCAAAAGGGUAAGAGUUCUGGGAGUCGAGCAGGCAGAGGCGGGGUGGGUUGGGAGGAUGGUACCGUCCUACGGGAUGACGGACGCUUCCAAUUGGUGGGAGGACGUGAACAGGUCCCCCCUCUGGCAGGAUCGCAUCUUUCACGUUCUUGCCGCCUUCUACGGCGCCGUUGCCGCCGUUGCGCUGAUUCAACUGGUACGGAUACAGCUGAGGGUUCCGGAGUUUGGUUGGACCACCCAGAAAGUCUUCCAUUUUCUGAAUUUCUUGGUGAAUGGAGUCAGAUCACUAGUAUUCGUCUUCCGCCGGGACGUGCAGAAGUUGCAUCCCGAGAUAAUCCAACACAUACUGCUCGACAUGCCAAGCCUUGCAUUCUUCACGACAUACGCUCUCCUGGUUCUCUUCUGGGCGGAGAUCUAUUAUCAGGCACGUGCUGUUUCCACUGAUGGACUUCGCCCAAGUUUCUUUACAAUUAAUGCUGUGGUUUAUGCGGUUCAGAUUGCCAUGUGGCUGAUAUUGUGGUGGAAGCCUGUUCAUGCAGUGAUUGUUCUCUCGAAAAUGUUCUUUGCUGGUGUCUCUCUAUUUGCAGCCCUUGGAUUUCUUCUUUAUGGGGGAAGACUCUUCUUGAUGUUGCAGCGAUUCCCUGUGGAAUCAAAAGGCCGGCGUAAGAAGUUGCAAGAGGUUGGCUACGUGACAACCAUAUGUUUCUCAUGCUUCCUUAUCAGGUGCAUAAUGAUGUGCUUUAAUGCUUUUGAUAAAGCAGCAGACCUGGAUCUUUUGGACCACCCAGUUCUAAACUUCAUAUACUAUCUGUUGGUGGAGAUUCUGCCAUCUUCUUUGGUUCUGUUCAUCCUGAGGAAGUUGCCUCCAAAGCGGGGGAUCACACAGUACCACCCAAUCCGCUGAUACACAUUCAAAAUAUGUGAAAAGUGUGAGGCCUGAAGGAGGUUUUUGACGAAUUGAACCUUGAAUGUGAUGCCAGGCGAAGAGUAAGAGGGAAGAGACCAGACCAUGAGGGAUUGAUCUUCCAAUCUGAGGGAGGUGCAAGGUUAAUGGUGGGGUAGAGAGGGAAUAUUGUCACGAUUCUGAGUUGUUCUGACUGUUUCCUCUGUUGGAUAUUAGUGCUACAUGUGUUUGGUUUUAUGUAUGAUCAGUUCUUAAUUGUUCUUGUAAUGUGAUAAUAACUCGAGUAGAAAGAAGAGUGAAAUAAAAGAUCAGACUAGAAAGAAUUGGUUUGGAAAGUCUGAGGUUUGGGUCAUCUGUAGGACUGUGCUGUCUUUUUUUUUUUUUCCAUCUUUCUUGUAGGAGAGCAAAAGUACAGUGAAUUGAAAGAAGACGGGUUAUUGAAA